AUGCCACAAACACAAUCCGAAUCAUACCUCAACCCCUCACUAUCCACCCCCGUCCCCCGCUCAACCCCCGACAUCGCCGGCUUCUGCGCAGGCUACGAGCUCCGACGGCAUCAUCACGAGGACAAAGCAAACGAGGGGUCGCUGGCCUGUCGCGCCGACUGGGAAAAAUACAUCGGCCCGAUCGAACGCUGGGGGUCAUGUAACCCGUGGGAAGGGCAUUUCGGGGCCGUCGUGCUCCCGUUUUGCAAGCCCGAGCGGCUGGCCGUUAUUUGUUAUAUCUUUGAGUAUGCGUUUCUGUAUGAUAAUGUUGUCGAGUCGGCGGCCAAUUCUACGUUGAACAUGGACACGGACAACAUCGCCCUUGACGAGACAGAGUACCGCACUGUCCGCUCCAUCCUCGGCACAAAGCAGAUCCAAUCGAAGAUGCUGCUCGAAUUACUCGCGAUCGAUGCGCGCUGCGCAGAAGUCGUAAUCAACUCAUGGAAGGAAAUGAUCUCGACAACGGCGAAGCAGGACAAGACGCAGGCGUUUGACACCCUGGAGGAAUAUGUGGAUUAUCGAAUCAUCGAUACCGGCGCCCCCUUCGUCGACAUGCUCAUGCGCUUCGGCAUGGGCAUCCUCCUCACCCCCGAAGAACAAGCACGGACUGCCCCGAUCGUGAAACCAUGCUACGCAGCCCUCGGCCUCGCGAACGAUUACUUCUCCUUCGACAUUGAGUGGGAAGAGUUCCAGCGCGAGGGAGCCAAGACUACAAUGACGAAUGCCGUGUGGCUGUUUAUGCAGUGGGAGGGACUCAGUGUCGAAGAUGCGAAGCGCCGGGUGCGUGAGGUGACGAAUAUGUAUGAGAGGCAGUACCUGAAAAAUGUGGAGGAGUUUUGUGCGAGUGAGGGGAAAGACGAGCCGAAGCUGCAGGAGUAUCUCAGGGCGCAGGGACACCAGGUUCCGGGGAAUGUUGCGUGGAGCUUGAGGUGUCCACGGUACCAUCCUUGGCUUUGCCGCGAGGCCGGCGAAUUGCUACGAGAUGCGAUCGCCGAAUCUAGGGAGGAGAAGCCAAUAUAUGAGACCGAAACCACCCGUUGGGGUAGUAGCCCAAGUGAAUCCGAGUCUGAUGCUUCCGAGGGCUCUCCGACCUUCUGGUCUGGCUCGUCAAGGUCGUCAGUUAGAUCGUCAGUCUCGUCGGCCGCUUCCCUACACGAGAAGCAAACCGAACACGUGCAGCUAGGAGACGAGAUCCUCCUCGCCCCGGCCGACUACAUCAAAUCCCUCCCCUCAAAAGGGGUCCGCGAAGCCUUCAUCGACGGCCUCAACGUCUGGCUCGUCCUCCCCGACCACCGCGUCAGACAGCUCAAGAACAUCGCACAGACGUUACACAAUGCCUCGCUCAUGCUCGACGACAUCGAAGACUCCUCCCCGCUCCGCCGGGGUCGCCCAGCCACACACACAAUCUUCGGCGUGGGGCAAACGAUAAACUCGGCAAAUUACCUACUCGUUGAGGUGAUGGACCAGAUCCGCAAGCUGGACGAUCCGGGGUGUCUGGAUAUCUAUCUCGAGGAGAUGCGCAAUCUCUUUGUCGGGCAGAGCUUUGAUCUGUAUUGGACGAGGCAGGGCGAGUGUCCGUCUGAGGAGGAGUAUUUGGAGAUGGUUAGGCAGAGUAUGUUGACACUUUUCAUGGGUUGUUGGUGUUUAUGAGGAGAGGCAAAGUGCUGACUGGCUUGUGUAGAGACCGGUGGGUUGUUCCGGUUGCUUACGAGGUUGAUGGUGCAGAUUGCGCCGGUGCGGCGGAAAGAUCUCGACGGCAUCUUAUCAUCGCUCAGCGGUGUCUUGGGCGAAUUCUUCCAAAUCCGCGACGACUACAAGAACCUAACUGAAGAGGUAAGACCCCCUGACAACUCUACUAUACUCCGCCGUCGACCAGUUAUUAACCCUUUGACGCGCAGUACACCGGCCAAAAGGGCUUCUGCGAAGACCUCGACGAAGGCAAAUUCUCUUUCCCACUAAUCCACGCAUUACACACACAGCCGAAAAACAUGCAGCUCCGCGGGAUCCUGCAAGCAUCUCGGACAGCGGGCGGCGGCGGGCUCGAUGUCCCCAUGAAGGAGGCUGUUCUGGAACACCUGCAGCAGGCGGGGAGCAUGCGGUACACAGAGGCCAAGAUGCAGGAGCUCAUGGAGAUCAUUACGGAUUCGGUGGUUGCGUUGGAGGGGGAGACGGGGACGGCGAAUUGGGUUGUGCGCUUGUUGGUGCAGAGGUUGAAGGUGUAGAUGCUUUGUAGAUUAUUGCUGGAUUUGUUGGGAUAGGCGUUCUCGUCAUAGUGACAUUGUAC